UCCGUAUCAAAACCCUAAUUUUCUUUCGCAGAUUCUUCUUCUUCUUUAGAAUACUAAUCGCAACGUUUUUGUUUCCUCUUCUUCUUUACAGGCACAAUCCUUCUCAAUGCUGCUAAACAAGGGGACCUCGAACUACUCAAAAAAUCUGCAUCGGAACUAGACAGUGUACUUGGAGAUGGAUUACCAGCGGUCCUUGGGAAUACGAAAGAUGGAGAUGAUAGAAGUGCUCUUCACUAUGCUGCUGUUGGUGGGAAAUUAUUGAUUGAAAAGAUUGAAUUUGAUAUAGAUGUCAAAGGCAAUUCAGAUAUUAACUAAUUGAAAUUCAAUGGUUUUUGGUGUUUUAAUUCCUUGAUGUAGUUACAAAUUGUUUAUAUAUUAGUACCAGAUUCAAUUCUUGGAGAAUCGUAGGUGCCCGUAGGAGUGUUGGUUGGUGGUGGCAGGCGGCCAAUUAUCCCUGUUGUUGCUGCUGGUCUUGGUGGGUUGUGGUUGUUUUUUGUGUGCUGGUGGUGGCGUUUGUGGUGCUGGUUGGUGGUUCUGGUGUUGCGUCCAGGCUAUUUGCGCAAUUAUCCUUGUAAUUAGGCAAUUAGUGUACCAGAGUUUGUUCAAGAGAAAAAAUUGAUGUGUAUUUUUUGUUGAUAGAUUGUGGUGUAGGGUGGUCUUGCUUGCUGGUGUGGUGGUUGUGGCCAACUAUAUGUUGUUGUAUCUUCGGUUUUGUCCUGUUGAUAAUGGUAAUAAAAUGGGAUGGUCUUUAAGUAGGUAAGUGUGAUGGUGGUUUUACAUUCAAUAUUAGGUCUUUAAGUAGCACACUGCUUAGUGGGUUAAUUCACCCACUUUAAUGGUAAGAAAAGGCGGUGUGAGUAUAUGAACACAUUCUGAAUUUUGAACCUUUAGUACUCAUUGAAGUUAAGGUAGAAAGUAUGAAUUAAUGAGUGGUGAUGUAUUACAUUUACAGGUAAGACUCCCCUGUGCUGUGCAGCUAUGGAAAGGGGUUUCUCCACUGUAAUGUGUCUGCGUAAAAUGGGCGCUAAUCCUGAAGUAGCAGAUGAUUCAAAUAUGACUCCAUUGCAUCAUGCCGCGAAGAAUGGACAUAAAGAAUGCAUAAGCGCGUUAGAGUUUAAUGUCGGUAUUAAGAACAUAGAUGUUUCAAAUGAUUUUGGCUCACCGCUGCAAUAUGCUUGCGCUUAUGCCCAAGACGAUACGGUUAAGCUGCUUCUGCUGCAUUACAAAGCCAAUGCGAGUAGCAUUCAUUUUUCAUCUUGAACAGCCUAAUAUGAUCUUUAAUGAGGUGACUAUUCCACUUCAUGCAUCCAUUGGUUCUCAUUCUUGGGAAUGCGUGGAGCACUUACGGAAGGCUGGUGCUGAUCCAAAUUAAUGGUGGACCAGAUGGAUUAAAACCUUUGCUACUUGCAGCUGAACGGGAAGAAAGACAAAUCAUCAAGCUGCUGGUUAAAGCUGGUGCAGAUCCAAAUGUUAUGAAUAUUAUGAUUAUUCAUAAAAAGAAGGAGAUUUUUCCUGACUCAAAAUCAAGGGGCACAAGUGCAUUCCGGAGGAAGGAGUACCGGCUAGCAGUAUAUUGGUACACACAGGCUCUUGAAGUUCGUCCUAGUGAUGCACCUGCACUAUCCAACAGGAGUUUAUGCUAUGUUUAUUUGAAUAAAAGAGAUGAUGCCUUGAAAGAUGCUGAACGAUGUGUGCUGGCAAAGGCAGGCUGGCCAAAGGCUCCUUAUAGAAAAGGAGUAGCACUCAAACUACUAAAUGGAGGUUUCUUUAACCAGGGUGAAGUCUGCCAUUGCUAACCAGUCUGUCGUAUGAUUAGUAUUGUCCACUUGAGAUCGCAAGGCAAGUAGUUGAUACAUGUUCUGUAAAAAGUUAGGAUCAAUCUCUUAAAAAUUCCUGUAAAAUCUUAACUAGUCUUAGAGAGUAUGACAGUGUAGACACUAGUGCAGUGGGGUUUCUUAGUAUCUAUUACCUCUUGUUCAAAAAUCAAGACUGCAAAAUUUUGCAAGUCUUUUUCCUCCAA